CUUCAGCAUGACCAUCAACAUUCAAUCCAUGCUUCAAUCUAUCUUUGGUUGUUGUCUAGGCAGAAGGCAAGGUGAAUCAUCCACUUCUGCCUUCAAUCAGUCGGGAAGUCAGAAUGAUGAAAGGACUCCUUUGUUAAGGCAAGAUCAAAUCUCGAAACCAGGUACAGAUUCCAAACAAAGCGGUUCAGAAGCACUGAUAGCAGGCACAUCUGGGAGCAAUAAAGGACACAGAGAUACAAAAGAAAUCGUAAAGCAGAGAAAAGAAAUCGAUUUAUCAAGACUGAAAUCCAUACGUGAACAUGCACAAUCUGCAUUCUUUAAUGUUGAUUCAUCACAACUUCUCCCUUCUACUGAAGCGAUGACGAAGAACAAAACGAAAUUGGAAGCAAUGUGGAAGAAUGAAGAUAUCGUGAAAGAGUUAGAUGAUACUGGUGAUUCGACCCAAGUCGCCUUUCAGCCACAGUCGAACAUUCAAUCAUCAUCGUCAGACGAAAAUCGACACGACCAGCGAUUCGAAGCAAAGCAGACUAUUGACAGAAGGAAAGAGAUUACGGAGAAGCUAAAGGGUGCCGUCCAGCAGCCCAUGGCAGAAACUUGGGAGGAAAAUAGCCUUUCAGAAGCUUCAUAGCAACAUCACUGUACUUAUAACAAAAAUAUAUCCUUCCCUUUAUCACACAGAGAUAAGAGCGCUUUAGAAACGUGUAAGCUUGAAAUAUAGUACAAUUAUUUACAUG